AUGUUAGUUACUGUAUUACCUGCCCCUUCUUGCUCGUCUCCCUCUCCUCCUCCUCCCCCAAUCCCUUUAUUCGCCCCCCGCUACCUCAUCACCGUAUCCUUUAUUCCCAGGCAAGUGAACCAGGCAUGGAAAGAGUUUCUAGACAGCCCCCGCUGCCUGCGCCUUCGAACAGCAGCCAAUCGCCUCGAGCCGUGGCUGUUCGUCCGGGCAGUCGGGCAGCCGAGAAAACAUUUCGAGUGGCACGCAUUUGCAGAGAGCGCUGGAUGGCGGAAACUCCCUCACCCACGUGGCACUAGCCAAUGGGAAGCCUCGGGAGUGGGGUGUGUGGGACUUGACAGGUGUCUCUACAUGAUUGGAGGAACAGGGGCUGACCGCAAAAUUCCAUUGGCUGACACUUUCAGGUACGACCCUCAAACUGCCCGCUGGACCCAGUUGGCCAACCUCAUCACUCCCCGCAGAUUUUUUGGCUCCUGGGCUGCCCGUGGAAAAAUAAUAGUGGCAGGAGGCAAUGCAGCAGAGCUCGAGGAGAUCAAAUCAGCUGAAGUCUACCAACCAGAGACUGACACGUGGCAGUCCAUCCCACCGCUGCCUUUGGCAUUUUCUAGCUUUGGGGCGGCGAGUUUGGGAGAGACCCUCUUUUUGACGGAAGGGUGGCAGUGGCCGUUUCACUUCUCGCCCCGUGGGUUCUCCUGUCCUCUUUCUAAGCUCAUCCAGGAAACGGAAAGGGAGGGGCUUAGAGGUCAAAGGAGACACGGGGGUGCUUUGAUUGGCCGGGGACUGGGAGAAGGAGAGGGACGAGGAGGAGAGGGGGGAGAGGGGGGUAGACGGGAAGCAAGCAGUGCAGGAGGAGAAAUCAUAGGACCAGAGGGCAUGGGAGUGGGGCAGGGCAGGGCGGAAGGGCAAAACAUGGGACAAGGCGUGGGGGAGGGCGUGGGGCAGGGCGUGGGCGAGGGCGUGGGGCAAGGCGUGGGGGAGGGCGUGGGGCAAGGCGUGGGGCAGGGCGUGGGGCAGGGCGUGGAGCAGGGCGUGGAGCAGGGCGUGGGGCAGGGCGUGGGGCAGGGCGUGGGGCGGAGUGGAAUUGCAGCAGUGUGGGAGCCGAUGCCUGAAGGCAUGGCGGAGGGGCAGGGCAGGGCGGAAGGGCAAGGCGUGGGGCGGAGUGGCGUUGCAGCAGUGUGGGAGCCGAUGCCUGAAGGCAUGGCGGAGGGAUGGACAGGCGUGAGUGCUGUGGUGCAUGACACGCUUGUGACCCUGGUGCACGAGGGGAAGACUCGCAGGCUCUUUUCCUACUGCCCAAUUACUGACAAGUGGCAGCUGGUCACCGGCCCUCCUUUGCCCCUCUUCCUCCACCCACCCCUGCGCAUGGCCGCGGAUGGUAACAAUCGUCUUUUUGUGCUCCGCUGUCCAUUCCGCAUCACUCGCUACCAUCGUAAACCACAUCAUCACCACUCCAUCAUGGGUGCUACUGAUGCUGCUACUCAGCAGACCGUUGCCGUUUCUGCCUCGGUCUCCGAGCCUUGGGAAGACGCGAUGCGGGCUGAGCUGGCCGCGUGGUUCCAAAAUCCCGACUGGGUCGACGAGACGCCUUCGAUGACGGUUUCCGUCGGCUCUAACGCUCUCUGUCAACUCGACGGAGUCGCGACCGUCGGCCUUCCUCCAGACGUCGUCUUCUCCAUCGUAUGCGACCCGCACAACAGCCGCGUCUUUAAGAACAUCAAGUCUGUUAAGAACGAGCGGGUUAUUAGUGACAAUAACGGGGUGAAGGAACUCGAGAUGGACAUGGUGUUCGCCUUCCAGCUGCCCUUCUUUACAGGCACAUUCGACGCGCACAUGCGCAUGGAGCACGACCGCCCGAACCGCAAAAUGUCCUUCGAACUAACGCGCCCCGGUCUCAUGCGCAAGUUCGAGGGCUUCUGGCAGGUCGAGCCGCUCGUUGUCCCCGCUUCCGCCACUCCUGCCUCCGCCGCCGCCUCCGCCUCCGCCGCUUCCGCCACCUCCGCCACUUCCACCAUUUUCGCAACUUCCUCCGCUUCCACCGAUUCCGACACCGUUUCCGCUCCGUCCUCCCCGCUCUCCGAUACCUUCCAUCCGGCCAGCGACUGGGAUAGCAGCAGCGCCUGCAGCAGCCCAGAGCGUGAUUCCGCCGCAGAUCUCGCUGCGAAGACGACGACGACGAGCGCGACGACUCCGGCCGACGGCGCGCGCGUGGCAUCGCGGCUCGUGCUGCAUCAGGUGGUGCAGCCGUCCGUCGCGCCGCCCGACCUUUUCAAGCGGUGCAUCCACAUCGUUCUGCAGAUGGCUACUAAAGACGUCCUUAAAGUUUUCCAGCGCGAAGCCGCGGCGAUUAGGAACAGCAAGGGGCAGGAGCAGGAGAUGCAGGGAGGAGAGAACAAGAAGAAGCAAGGAGCUGACGUAAAGGCCGCUGCUGCUGCGGGGGCCAUGGCUGGCGCGGUUGCCGGCGCGGUUGCGGGAGCUGCUGCUGGCGUCGCUGUCGCGAAGAACGCGGAAUCCAUCUGGCUCGCGUCGCGCGUCUAUAAGCUCGUGAAGGGCAAGGCUUAA